GGGUCUCCCAAAUAGGUCAGGAGAGUAAGACCAGGGUCCUAAUGCCACAACAUGGUGAACCACUGACCUGACCCCCACGCCAAAUCACCGGGUGCUCCACGACAGGUAGUCGGUUCCGGGUCGCAGGUCCGCCCGAAGAGACAGGUGCGCGUCCAUCGGUGUCGCCAACGGGAACGACUAUUCUCUAGCAAGUGAUUUCCUACAUAGCAUAAGGUGAACAACAACAGACGUUGAAGGAUGGCGCUGGAACUGACCACCAAGUCGCGACCAAUACAAGAUGGCCGACCAAACGGAGGAACCUGGGAGAGUAGAGAGCGCGAAGGAAAGACGUCGUCCUCCUCCCCAGAGACGGUUUCCACAUCCAACACCGCGUCCUCCAACAUGGCGGCCUCCCUGAAGAGUGCUCUCGCGAGACCAGUGCUGUCCACGAGCAACCAAACCCCACUGAGAGGGUACCCCAUGAACACACAACCACGACUGUACGGCAUCCACAAGUCUUUGGCUUCUAUGGGUCUCUUCAAUGGGAUGAAGGGGGAAGCCACCAAACCACAUGACGUCAUGCGACCCGCCAAGGACAUCAUCAUGGCGCCCAUCCCUGUUCCCCUCCCGGCACACAUCCCGCUGGAGACCCGGAUGUUGAUGGAGGCCCGGAUGAGAAGGGACCUGGGGCUGACGUCACCGAUUCCCAUGAACCCCCGCGGCCCAGCACCAAGCAUAUCCCUCCAGUUUUCACAGGAAGAGGUCGAUGCAGUCCUGUAUGGGUAUGUCCGAAACCAGAUCAACGAAGUACUUCCGGGUCAUGCCAUCUCUGGCAUCCGGCUAGCCGAAGACGCGGCAGAGCACAAAGAAACAGCAGUAGGAGGGAUCCAUAGAGGAAAAGACAAGAACGCUGUCAACCGAGCUAUGCUAGAUUUGCCCGAAGGCCUGGGAUUUUUCCAGACCCGUUUCUCGUCGACCAAACAUUUCGGCGUGUACUGCAAGCAGGUGGCGCUGCCAAAGGGGACUCGCUUCGGCCCUUUCGUGGGGAAAGUCGUCAACAUCAGUGAAAUCAAGACCGACGAUGACAACAGUCAUAUGUGGGAGAUCUUCCAAGAUGGCAAACUGAGUCACAUGAUUGACGGGCGGGGGCCGACGGGAAAUUGGAUGGCGUACGUCAACUGUGCCCGGUACGCGCAGGAGCAAAACCUCAUCGCCAUCCAGUGCGAGGGACAGAUUUACUACGAAGCCUGCAAGGAAAUUCCACAGGGUGCGGAGCUCCUGGUGUGGUAUGGGGACUGCUACCUGCAGUUCAUGGGAAUUCCGGUAGCGCUGAAAGAAAUGGCGGACAGCGGGUCAGGGGCGGUGGCGGAAAAUGGCGAAGCCAAAGAAGGCUACACAUGUGACCGAUGUGGCAAGGUGUUUGCCUACAAGUACUACAGAGACAAGCACCUCAAAUACACAAGAUGUGUCGAUCAAGGCGACCGCAAGUUCCCGUGCCACCUCUGCACGCGCUCCUUCGAGAAGCGUGACCGGCUGAGAAUCCACAUUCUCCACGUCCACGAGAAACACCGCCCGCACAAGUGCUCCGUCUGCGGGAAGUGCUUCUCACAGUCAUCCAGCUUGAACAAGCACAUGCGAGUCCACAGCGGGGAGAGACCCUACAAGUGCGUGUACUGCAGCAAGGCCUUCACUGCCUCCAGUAUCUUACGGACGCAUAUCCGCCAGCACAGCGGGGAGAAGCCGUUCAAGUGUAAGCACUGCGGGAAGGCCUUCGCGUCGCACGCCGCGCACGACAGCCACGUGCGGCGGACACACACCCGCGAGAAGCCGUGCGCCUGCAGCGUCUGCGGCAAGUUCUUCGCGCAGCCCUACGAGCUCAAGUUCCACAUGAACACACAUACAGGUGAGAAGCCAUACACUUGUGAAAAGUGCGGCAAAGGUUUCGCCAGCCCUUCGUCACGUGACCGCCAUUGCCUCCGAUUGGACUGCACCAUCGAGGAUGAUGACGACAUCGACUUGUCCCCCACCAAUCAGAUGGCUACAAAUGGCGGCGCCUCAUCUCUGGUCAGUUUCAAAGAAGAGGCCGACAUACAAGUAUAAAUUAAAUCCGAACUUUUUUUUGCUAACAAUGCACUCAAAAGACGAGACACGCGAGCAAUGGAGAAUACAUACUAAAUUGCUCGUACUGAAUAUGCU